AAUGCAGUCUAGACGCCAUCUUGAGGAGACCCCAAAGCUCCAAACUGGUGACAACAAUCUCAGGCGCAUCAUAAUGGGAUUACUAACCUCAAAAUAAAAUCACCUUAACGUUUUGGGCUUCACACGACACCAGAAAGAAGGGAAGUCGCCCAUACAAGAGCCCUGUUACAACACAGCGAAGACUACAGUUCAUCUAAAGGCAACCUUGCCUGUAGCUAGAUGGCCGGCUAGCUAUCUAUGCCAGCUGGUCUGUGCGCCGCUCCGGACUGAACCGUGGCCUGCUUGGGAGGAAGGGUGGUGACGGCGCAAAAUGCAAUCCCGUUGAUUUACAACGGAAUCUCAUUUGAUUCAAAGACACUGCGAAUCGGACAACGAACAUGAUAAUGCACUUAUAAAUAUUACGCUCUUAACUUCAAAUCUAGUUGCCUGAAGGGUUAAUUGCAAGCUUGCUUCAUUGCAGUGCUGUCUUGCGUUGCCUAAAUAGUCCAAGCAAUAGACAUGUCAUCCAACUGUACCAGCGUAGCGCCGGUGAGCGCGAGCAAAACGAAGACGAAAAAGAAACAUUUUAUAGGACAGAAAGUGAAGUUGUUCCGUGCAAGUGAGCCUAUUCUCAGCGUUUUAAUGUGGGGUGUCAACCAUACGAUCAACGAGUUAAGCAACGUUCCUGUACCAGUCAUGCUGAUGCCGGAUGAUUUUAAAGCCUAUAGUAAGAUCAAAGUGGACAACCACCUAUUUAACAAAGAAAACCUGCCCAGUCGCUUUAAGUUCAAAGAGUACUGCCCAAUGGUGUUCCGGAACCUGCGAGAGAGGUUCUGCAUCGAUGACCAGGACUACCAGAACUCUCUGACGAGGAGCGCGCCGCUGAACAGCGACUCCCAGGGUCGCUUCGGCAACCGCUUCCUGUCCAGCUACGACCACCGCUUCGUCAUCAAGACGGUGUCGAGCGAGGACAUCGCGGAGAUGCACAACAUCCUCAAGAAGUACCACCAGUUCAUAGUGGAGUGUCAUGGUAGCACCCUCCUCCCCCAAUUCCUGGGCAUGUACCGGUUAACCGUGGACGGCGUGGAGACCUACAUGGUGGUGACCCGGAACGUGUUCAGCCACCGGCUGACCGUGCACCGCAAGUACGACCUGAAGGGAUCCACUGUUUCAAGAGAAGCCAGCGACAAAGAGAAGGCGAAGGAACUCCCAACCUUCAAAGACAACGACUUCCUGAAUGAGGGCCAGAAGCUGCCGAUAGGCGACGACAACAAGAAGUACUUCCUGGAGAAGUUAAAGCGCGACGUCGAGUUCCUGGCCACCCUGAAGAUCAUGGACUACAGCCUGUUGGUGGGGAUCCACGACGUGGAGCGGGCGGAGCAGGAGGAGAUGGAGGUGGAGGCCGGCGGGGAGGAGGAGGAGUACGAGAACGACGGCCUGGGGGGGGCCCUUACCGGCUCCUUCGGAACCCCUCCCGAUAGCCCCGGGAACCCGCUGAAUUUUGGGGGUUUCUUCGGCCCCGGCGAGUUCGACCCCUCGGUGGACGUCUACGCCAUCAAGAGCCACGACGGCGCCGUGAAGAAGGAGGUGUACUUCAUGGCCAUCAUCGACAUCCUCACGCACUACGACGCUAAGAAGAAAGCUGCGCACGCUGCCAAAACUGUGAAACACGGGGCUGGGGCUGAGAUCUCCACCGUAAACCCAGAGCAGUACUCCAAAAGAUUCUUUGAGUUCAUGUCCAACAUCCUAUCAUAGAAUCAUCCCUCCUCCCCUCAGCCAACCCAUACCCCUGUCAUAGACCCAUCGGCCCCGCCCCCUGUUCAACCUAUGGCCCUGGCGCUUAGCCCCGCCCCCCACCCCUCCUGUCCAACGUACAGCCCUGGCUUAGCCCCGCCCCCUGUCCCCGCUGGUACCCUGUCAGCUUGGGGAAGGAUUGGCUGAAAGAAAGGAUGCACAGAGAUGAGGCUGUUACAAUAUUGUCCCACAGAGAGGGGGUGCUGGACUCUUUCUGGAGAGAAGAAAAAAAAAAGCAAUGUGCCCUCCCCCUCCUACUACCCCCACUUCCCCCCCCUCCCCCUUGCCUCCCCUGCCACCUUGUAUUCCUUCUCACGCCAGCACGGGAACUGUCUCACUAAUGCCUUGAACGAGUGUGUCAGCUUCAGCAGUAAGAGUCUGUUAGUACCGUCUGUUUGGUUUCUGUUCAUGUUGUUGAUGUUGAUGUUGUUGUUGUUGUUUAUUAUUUGAUCAGACACACAAACACACAAACAAGACAAACACACACACACGCUCUCCCUCCUUUUUUUCGCACAGACGCAGAUGAAUGGUCAGAUUGCAUGAAUCUCUAAAACUGUAGCCAGCAGGCUUUCGGGCUCCACCUCCUGGACAACCAGGAGAACUACAACAAACAAAUGUAUUUGGACGUCCGUAGGAGGUAAAUUAAUAUAUAAGGGGUUCAUUAGGUAAAUGAAUGCAAUAUCAAAAAUGCAUGGCUAAAAGUGUACAUGGCUCCACCAGUUAGUCAAAACGUCAAACCACUGAACUUAGCAUCUGAGCAUUAUGACUAACACAUAAGUGUUGGAAUGUUACGUUGCCAUAUUGUUUUGAAAUCUUUUAAAAGUUUUAACCAUGAACUUAAUCAGUUAAAAGAAAAAAAAAAUCACAUAAAAAAGGGGAAUUCUAAAGCAAAUACUUGUUUUAUUACCAUAAGAAUCAUUUUUAUAUCUUGUUUACAUUAAUGUAGCAUUUGUGUUUGUAUACAGUAUUGUUUUGUUACCAACAGACAUUAGAACAGAAACGUUACUUGAAAAUGAUUCAUUGCAUAUUAAAGGGAGUUUUAUCUUGU